CCCAACCCUCUCUGUCUCUUUUGCUACAAUAGUAAACAUUGCUCUCUUUUAAGGCGCUUCCUUAAUUCUAUCAUCUUUCUCAAAUCUCACCCCUGAAUAUUCCCUUUUUCUUUUUUCAAACUUCGAACGCGGUUUCAAAAACUCAAAUGCUCGAACGCGUUCCUGUGUUUCGAUUCAGUAGAACUAGAGCAUAUGUCUUAUUAAGCAGAGGUUAUCAGUAAUGGAGUCGAUACAGAACCGAGUGGAAUCGUGGAUCAGAGACCAGAGAGCGAGGUUCUUACGGGUUUCGUGGGGGCCGAUUCAAUGGAAAUUCCGGUGGCCACCAUGGAACGGAGGAGAUGCUGAUCAGAGGAUUAAGAUCCGCCGGGAGUACGAGAAGCGUAAAAAGCAGAUUGAGGAUCUCUGUCUCGCCCUUAAAUCCGAGUCUGUCGAAGAUUUACAGGACAUCCUCUGUUGCAUGGUUCUCUCCGAGUGUGUUUACAAGAGACCUGCAAGUGAGAUGAUUCGAGCUGUUAACAAAUUUAAAGCGGACUUCGGUGGCCAAUUUGUUUCUUUGGAGAGGGUUCAACCUUCAUCAGAUCACGUUCCUCACAGGUAUUUACUUGCUGAGGCAGGUGAUACAUUAUUUGCAUCCUUUGUUGGAACUAGGCAAUAUAAGGAUAUCAUGGCCGAUGCAAAUAUACUUCAAGGUCAUAUAUUUCACGAUGAUGUCGCAGAGGAUGAAUGUAUUGCAGCUUCUGAACCUAUACAAAGUGAACCACAGAAGAACAAUGGAGAGGGUCUGCGGAAUCCUAAGCAACUUAGACAGAAGCCGAAACCUGCUGCUCAUCGGGGAUUCUUGGCUCGUGCUAAGGGGAUACCUGCUCUGGAACUUUAUAGGCUUGCUCAGAAAAAGAAACGAAAACUUGUAUUAUGCGGACACUCACUUGGUGGAGCUGUAGCUGCGUUAGCUACACUCGCCAUAUUAAGGGUUGUUGCUGCCUCUUCUACAAAGAAAGACAAUGGAAAUGUUCAUGUCAAAUGUAUAACCUUCUCCCAGCCUCCUGUUGGGAAUGCUGCGUUGAGAGAUUACGUACAUGAAAAAGGAUGGCAUCAUUAUUUCAAAAGCUAUUGUAUUCCUGAAGAUUUGGUCCCGAGGAUAUUAUCUCCUGCAUAUUUUCAUCAUUACAAUGAGCAAAGAAUGUCAAUGGCUGGAGAAGCUGAAGCCACAGAUUUGUUAUUGUCUAAAAAGAUUGGUCAGGGCGUAACAUCAGAGGCAGAAAAGACAAAAGGUAAAGAACACGAGCAGUUAGUCAUUGGUGUUGGCCCUGUUCAGAACUCAUUCUGGAGACUUUCACGACUUGUUCCCCUAGAGGCUGUUAAGAAACAACUGGAUAGGUAUAUAGGAAAGAAAGUGGAUCCUGCAGAGACUUCUACUGCAACUGUAUCUGCAGUGUCAGCUCCUAUUGGGGACGUGGUUAUUGAACCACAAUCUCUUGAAAUUGAGGAGGGUAGGGAUGGUAUAUCUCUCAAGCCAUUGCCAGAUACUGGUAAUGGUCAAACAGGUAGUGGAAGAACUGAAGGAAAGACCAAUUCGUCCAAUGGGUUUAGGGUUCCAUAUCUGCCCUCUUAUGUUCCAUUUGGAGAGCUAUAUCUCUUGGGAACUGCAUCUGUGGAAUCACUUUCAGAAGGAGAGUACUCUAAAUUGACAUCGGUCAGAUCUGUGAUAACUGAACUGAGAGAACGUCUUCAGUCACAUUCUAUGAAGUCCUAUAGGUCUCGCUUCCAGAGAAUACAUGACCUCUGCAUGAAUAUUGAUGGUUUUUUCGGAGUGGAUCAACAGAAGCAGUUUCCACAUCUAGAACAGUGGCUUGGACUUGCUGUUGGUGGUAGUGUAGAGCUUGGGCACAUCGUUGAAUCACCGGUUAUUAGAACAGCCACUUCUGUCGCCCCUCUUGGCUGGAAAGGCGUUCCGGGUGAUAAAAAUGCAGAACCUCUAAAAGUUGAUAUCACUGGAUUUGGCUUGCAUUUGUGUUCUUUUGUACAUGCCCAAGUGAAUGGCAACUGGUGCUCAACUACCGUAGAAUCCUUCCCUUCACCACCUGCUUAUUCUUCAGAUAAUGUGGAACAGACAGAAUUACAGAAGAUUAGGGUGGUCAUAGGAACUCCUCUGAAACAACCUCCAAGUAACCAGAUAGUUGAAGAUCCUCUAGUUCCUAUGUUCUCGUCUGUUGAUUCAAACACUGGUUUUCCGAAGGAAGGAAUCAACCUAGGAUUUUUUCAAGAGGACAAGUUUGUUCGUCCUGAAGGUUUGGAGGACUUAUACAUAUUCUGCACUAGUGAUUUUGCUACAGUGGCUAAGGAGGUCGAGGUCAGAACACGGAGGGUUCGAUUACUUGGACUUGAGGGUGCUGGUAAAACCUCUCUAUUCCGGGCAAUACUGGGUCAAAGCAUGCUGAGUUCGAUGACCCAUGUGGAGAAUCUGCAGAUACAAUCUGAUGUUCAAGAAUGUAUAAUUGGUGGUGUUUGCUACUCGGACACAGUGGGAGUAAACCUGCAAGAGCUGCACUUAGAGGCUUCUCGCUUUAGAGAAGAACUAUGGAAAGGAGUUCGUAAUCUAAGUAAAAAGAUAGAUUUAGUUAUUCUAGUGCACAAUCUUUCUCACAGAAUACCACGUUACCAGAACUCAACAACACAACUGCAGCAACAGCAACCAGCACUUGCUCUUCUGUUAGACGAGGUUAAAUCUCUUGGUAUCCCUUGGGUCCUCGCCAUAACAAACAAGUUCUCAGUCAGUGCCCAUCAGCAGAAAUCCGCUAUCGAAGCUGUACUUCAGGCAUAUCAAGCGUCUCCAAACACAACUGGAGUCGUUAACUCUAUCCCUUAUAUUAUAUCUGGAUCUGGUAGUUCCUCAUUGCCUUGGGCAGCUGUGAAUGCGGGUAAUGAAGGACCAGUAGGUGCGCAAAAGCUAAUAUUCGCUCCGCUCGACCUUGUCAAAAAGCCUUUUCAGAGAAAAGACACUGUUUUUCCAGUGGAUGGUGUGAAUUCCCUUUGCCAGCUUGUCCAUCGCGUUCUUCAAACUCAAGAAGAAGCUUGCUUUCAGGAACUUGCUAGAGACAGACUGUUGGUGGAACUAGCCAAAGACCGUGCAGUAGUUGGUUCACAGGCCAAGUCAUCGUCAAUGUCAGCAGCAGCCGUGGGAGCUUCACUUGGUGCUGGUCUUGGCCUUGUCUUGGCAGUAGUAAUGGGUGCUGGUUCCGCUUUACGAAAACCUUGAUUGUACCCAAUCAACCAUUGGAUCUGUUAUAUAUAUAUAUUUUAUAUAGUAUGUACAUAGUAGUCCCAUUAGAGUUGGAUUUCAAAUUCAUGUUU